CCAACACACAAACUCAGACACACACACACACACACACACACACAAGUUGGUGGCUGUAUGCGUGUGCAAGCACUGUACUAUUGCAGAUAUUCAUAUUUCGCAGUUUGAAGCAACUGGAUGCAUAAAAACUGACUCCUUUUUGGAAAUGAAACAUUGUCAAGGCCCAUAAGAGUUGUCUUUAAAACAAAACAAAAGCAUCAUAUGAUGGUGGCCUCGGAGCGAGCAAGCAAGCAAGCAAGCGGAGCUCAGCCAACAACUCCACCAGCCCUUGCUAUUGUAUUUUAAUGUAUUUUUAAUCUUUGUUGGAAUCACCCAGAGGGGCUAGGGAAACCCAGCCAGAUGGGUGGGGUACAAACAAUUUAUUAUUAUUAUUAUUAUUAUUAUUAUUAUUAUUAUUAUUACUACUACUACUACUACUACAUAUAGACAAACAAGUGGGAGGCCAGGCAGGCAGGCAGGCAGGCAGGCAGGCAGGCAGGCACUGCCUGGCCUUUCUUGUGCAUGCUGUGUGACAUCCAGACACAAAAGCUUUUUAAUUGUGCAAAAAUGGGAAAAAUAUGAAUCCCGGGCACUGUUUCUGACCACUGGUGGAGGAAGGCGGUGCGGUGGAGGUGGUCCACACCGAGUGUCAUCCCUGAGGAGGGUGAUAUUGCCCCCCGCCCCCCUGGGAUGCUUAUUGCGGGCAGCCAACCCCACCCCGUGUACAGCAAGCUCCGCCCCCCAUGGGCGGCUAGCCCUGCCCCCGGGUGCACAGCAUGUGCACCGCUCCAGGUGCUGGAGCAGCUAGCUCUGCCUCUGUUUCCGACAGACCCUUUGGCUAUUCUUUGUUGGGUCACAAAGGCUAGGGGCAUCUUCUGUGCCCCUGAGAGGAUGCACCCCUCCUUAGGGCAGGGGAGCAGCUCAGAGAUCAGGGCAACGGCAGCUGCUGCCUGGAGGACUCCCAAGGGGAGGGGAGAAGAGACUGAGGGCACACUUCACAAGGGAAGGUGUUCAAAAAAGGGCGAGAGGCUGCCAGCUCUCCAGGCAAGGGGUGACAUAACUGGGCUCCUGAGCCCCACAGGGGUGCUGCAGAAAGAAUGUAGCUGGUCAAGGGAGCCGUGGACUCAAAAAGGUUGAAAACCUCUCAUUUAAGGACUCUACUUGGUGUUAAGUUGGUUUGAGAAACAGCAUUGAACAGUAGUAUUUUGUAGCAAAGUACAAGAGACAUAUGCAUUUUGGAUAAUGCCAUGUGAACAUGGGAGUAAAAACCCCGCACUAGCAAUGGGGGGGGAGUGCCACAAAGCAUGCAUAUCUUAUUCAUUCUCUAUGCUGCACCAGACAGUUCUUGCCAAGUCAAAUCAUCUGCCCCACUCAUUUGCAGCACUGCACUAGGACUGAAGCAAGGGAUCUAAAUAUAGUCCUGAAUUCUCUGCCUUAUGAAUAGUUCGCUGUGUGUAGUACGGCAAGACUGCUGGAAUUUACCCUAACCCAUCCUUGCUUCUUUGAGGAACACCACAGUCUUUUUUGCACAUGCAGUAUUUAUUGUACAUCCCUGAGAAAAUCAGGAAUUUCCAGCUCCUUCAAAGGAGCUCAGACAAAAUGAAAGCAUUGUUUUAAAACAAAAACAAAAAAACCAAGAAGAUGAAGGAAAACAAACAACAGCAUCUUGGGAGAGGAGAACGCUCCCUGCUGCAACUCAGCAUAACUUCAUUCCAUAGCAACACCCUCUUGGGCCCUACUUUAUUUCUGCUUCCUGAGAGCUGCAGAGAGAAUGAAGUUUUCUGCUUUCUACAGAUGAUUCAGAUUUCUUUUGUGGGGAAAAAAACCCCAGAAGCUUUUCUUUUAGGAAUAAUUGGUGAAGUACGUACCGAAGGGGGGGGGGGAGUUUAUGUAUGUUACCACAGCUGCUUGAAUGAUUUAUGUCCAAAGAUGGAAGCAAGAAACAGUUCUGACAAAGGAAGAUUGGCAAUUCAUGGAAGAAUAAGAAAUCAAGAAGAGAGACUUUAAAAAAUAAAAUGGAUGAAAUUUAUUGACUAUUUGAAGACACAUUGGAAACAAAUUAAAAACAUUAGUGGGACUGAUAAAAGCACAUGCAGUAAGAGACCAUUAAGGGGAAUAUAAAGGGAAAAUUAUAAAUACCGUAUAUGUGAAUUGGAUAUACAGUAAUAAAAAGAUAUGAAAUAAAUAUCCACAGAAGGGACGGGAGGGAAGUUGAGGGGGAAGGUAAAUUAUAUUCGUAAAGAUUUCAUUUUUCUUGUUAGGUAAAGGUAAAGGGACCCCUGACCAUUAGGUCCAGUCGUGACCAACUCUGGGGUUGCGCGCUAUAAAAGCUGAAAAUGAAAAAAUCAUUUUCUUAUCAAUGGUUUUAAACUCAUUUCCUAUGCAAAAUAAAUGUGCUGUUGGAAAGUUGCAAAUUCCGCAGAAUUCUGGAACACCACACAGGGAGAAGGAUGCUAUCGCAAGCUUCCCCACAAUCCCCACAAACCAACAGGCCACAAACCAACAGCAACACAAGAAUAUUCAUGUGGCAUAAUUUUUUUAAUAUAAUUUUUUUUUAUUUUUAAAUUAAAAAGAUGGCCGGGCUGCCUGAUGCAUUAUGUUGAAGGGGCAACACUGAUGACCCGGCCAGCAUUAAAUUCUCCAGGAUACUUGUCCACCUUUGGUGCGCACCCUGCACUAGGGUCUUACCUAAAGCUCCUAGAAGCUGUCCGCAUGCAACAGUAGCCACACCCUGGGUCAACUGGCUGGCUAAACCAGCUGAGGAUAGCUAAUAGAUCUCAAACACUCAGUGAGGUAGGGAUUUCCCCUGCACCGGAAUGAGUGGACAAGAUCAACAGUGGGUCCAGUGGUCAAAAAGGAAGUUUCUGCAUGUGCAUGUGCUGUAGAAGAAAGUGAGAAGUAGCCCAUCUAGGAGAAGGAAAACUCUGAUCCUUAAUCUCUGUGACCGUGCGGGAUAUCUUCAGGAGAAGAAAACGCUAAGGAUCUGGAGUGGAGUCUCUAAGACGGUUGGAUGGUGCCUUGGGCAUCUCCUUCCAGCAAUUCCUGAAGCCAAGCUGUUGCCAGGCGUAUUGCUCUGCUUUCCUUUGGACCACAUCACUGGGACUGAGGGGGGUGGGUGUCUUGUCAUCUGGGCAUCCCAGGAGCUCCCUACACAUUGCUCAGGCUUGCGCUCCGGGGAGGUCGCUUGGGUGCUGCUAACACUGGGGUUUGACAUCACCCCUGAAGACGCACGCCAUUGUCUCUUGAGACAGAUGGAUGCAGGGCCGUCUUACCCAUAGGUGCUAGGUGUGCAGGGCACUUGGGUGCUGGGCUCUCAGGGGCGCCAGGCCGAGAGUCUGGGGCCCGAGAGUUGAGUCCGGAGAAGAGCCCGCCUGUCGGUUGGAGCACCGCGAUGGGCUCUUCUGCCAUGGGCGGCUCUGUGCCGUGAGUUCGGGGGCAAUUGAGCCAGCGAGAUGCUGAGGCGGCCGGCCGGCUCCGCCCACCUGCACGCCUGGGACUGGGCAACUGGGGGCGGGUGGGCGGAUCUUUGCACUCCGGCACCGCAUAUGCUUAAGACAGCACUGGAUGGAAGCCAACAGCAACAAGGGAUGGGAAUGUAUUAGCAUAUUAAGGUUAAACACACCCAUAAUUUGUACUGCAUUUGUCAGAUUGUAGUGACUGAAACCUUAUUUUUCCAACCCCGCUGUAAUAAAAUGUCCCUUUUGAAAUUUUCUCUGAAUUUUGGGGGCCUAAGCACAUUUUCAGGACCACACAUGUGAAAAGAUUCAUCUCUCCCAAGUUCACAUUUUUUGCUUCAUGUGUGAAUCGUGUGUAUUAUGCAUUUUCCUAGAGACACAUUUGACGCUGAUAACUUGUUAGUAUUUACGUGCGCAAGCCAAGUUGCAAAGCCAGGACCGUACUGCAGGGGGGGAAUUUGAUGCCUGCAUUCACCUUCCGUGUCAGAGCUCUGCCCACAUUUGUAAUAUGGGGAUAAUGAUAAUAUGGGAAUAAUGCUGGCUGAUGUGAAAAGCACAGGCUGCAACCUGCACCAUGAGAGGGAGGGGAAAUGUGCGCUCUAGCUAAGCUUACCACUUCUUCUGUGGCCCUUACUGCUGCCACCCAGUGGAUAUCUUUAGCUCCUGUCAGACUAACUUGUAAUCUGGUGAACCAGGUUCGCUUCCCCGCUCCUCCACAUGCAGCCACUUGGGCUAGUCACACCUCUCUGAAGUCUCUCAGCCUCACUCACCUCACAGAGUGCUUGUUGUGGGGGAGGAAGGGAAAGGAGAUUGUUAGCCGCUUUGAGACUCCUUAGUGAUGAUAAAUCAGGAUAUCAAAUCCAAACACUUCUUCUUCUCUAAACUGGAUAGUAUGGUAAGGCAAUUAGGGGCCUAAUUGUUCCUUUGGGGAGGGGAGACACUAUUCAUAGUGCUGCAUGCUUCCAAGAUGUUCAAACCCCACCCCACCCCGGAAAUAUCUGCAAACAGACCAAACCAAAUUUAGCUUUUACUAAAGGUUUCUAUAAGGGAACAAUUUAAACAGCUGUGAAGUUGUUAGUUAAAAAAAAGUUUGAACAUUUAACCUUGGAACAAAUGCAAACUAUACACAGGAAAACACAUCCUGAUACCCUGUUUAGACUAAGUGUUAAAACAACUCCCAGGCCAGUGUUAACUUUAAUCCUGGAAAAUCUACUGCAGUCCUCUGGCUUUUUUCUUCUGGUUUCUGUACUUUUUCUUCAAUAGCACUCUGACAACACCAUCUAACGAUGUCUACUCAGCUGCAAGUCCUAUUGAAUUCAAUGGGGUUUCCUGACAGUAAGUCCAGGACUGCUGAGCCUGCCAGUUUAACAUUUGGAAUGGCCGAGGAAAAAAAGGUAACCUUGCUCAAACAAUGUCAGAAAUGCUGCAUCGACAUGAAUGGAGACAUGUUAGAUGCACAGGGUAUGUGUCUUCGCUGCAAAGCUGAGGAGCAGCAAAAGAAUCAGAAAUGCAAGAGGGAUCCUGCCUCAUACAAUGUGAAUGAGACGAUGGAGACCGAGGCUGCCUAUUCUGACUUCAUCAGCUGUGACCGGAGCGGCCGGAGAAACGCAAUAUCCGACCUCCAAGGAGAUGCAGCUGCUCUUAAACUGGAGAAACUGGCAAGCACCAUGGAGGAUAUCGCUAUUGCAGGGGACGAAAACCAAGAUUCGACCGAUGCUACCGAGAAGGAAUGUGGACUGACUCCUAAGAGCCAAGAUAGCAGCCCGACCUUGUGAGAGCUCUGGUUUAGGCUGCAGAACGGUGGACGACAACAACUACGGCUCUUCCAUCUGUUAAGAAACACAAUUGCAAUAAGGAGUCUCCACUUAAAGGUUUCUGCCAUGGCCAUCUGGCUCUUGCAGUCACUUUCUGUGGCAGAUGGUACCUUCAGAGAACUGUCUCUCUCUCACACUCUGCAACACUACACACCAAGAGAUGUUUAGUGACUUGAGCUACUCAGAGAGCCUUUUGGCAACUAUUUUCCUGUAUAGGAAACCACAAUUUCAGUAAUAAUAUAUAGACUGCAGAUUUUAUCGUACAAGGUACAUUUUGCUCACACGAUAAACUAUUAUUUAUUCCUAUCUCCCUGUAGAUUGUUAGGUGACUUGCGGUAUGUAUCUCACUUGUGCACAUGCUGUAUCUCAGAAGUGCUGGUAUUUUUCGGGCUGUGAACAUUGGUGAGGAGAAGUAUAGGAAAUAAUCCGCCAGCCACUUCUCCAAAAUGAUCGCCAUUGAAGCCAAUGACCUUUUUGUUGCAUAAGGGCAGAUGCAGCCUUGCACAACACUAAUGCAGUUCAAUGGCAAUUCCACAGGAAGUGGUCUCCAUGAAAGAGGCACCAGUGACAUACCACUUCUGCUUACGUCGCUUCUUCUUUCUGGUAUGCAGAAAAGGAUUUCAGAGGCACAAACCAGUGGAUUAAAAAAUGGGCUUAAUUGUGCGUGCUAAAAAGGGAAGGCAGCACUACUUCAAGCUAACUCAUUACCAAGUUCUAGAGUUCCAAUGCCUCUGGUAAAUUGUUGCAUCCUCUGUUAAGAGUUGUAUCUUGUGGUGAAACUUGCAUGCAGAUCCAUAAACCUGUUGUCCCUCCCCCCCCAGCAAUUAAAACUAAAUGAGUUCUUCAUUCAUGUGUUUUGCUCUUUUCUAGUACUUUAUGCCCCAGACUUGCAGGGUUUUCAUUUGGUCUUAUAACCAGUGCUUUUUUUUGUUCUUUGAAAAAAUGUUUAGGGGUACUCUCAUUUUCCUACUCAUAUUGAAAUACUGCCCCUCAAUGAGGCCAAACUUAGAUUCACAAAAUGUUUAGGGGUAUGCGUACCCCUGUGUACCCCCAGAAAAAAAACACUGCUCAUAACCCAAUCUAAACUAGGAGUGUGCCAGAAAACGUCUGCGUUAAUUUCCCAAUUCCUGUGCCAAUAUAAGUUACUGUUACAGGGCUGCAGGAACAGAUAUUCACAAUCUUGAGUACAGACAGCCAUGUCUAUCCAUGGAAUAUGGCAGGAUUCUCAAACUGGCCUCUGGGGGGCAUUAAAGCACUGGUCUAUGUGUGCACACCUCAAGCAGGGUGGGGUGGAAAUGGUAGUUGGCUGCGCUAGUGUGGCAAUCUAAGAACAAAAGAACUUUGUUGGAUCAAACCCAAGGCUAUAGCCCAGCACUGUUUUUGCUCAGCAGACAAUGAGCGUGACAUGAUAGCCAUAGCUCUCUCCUGCUGCUGGUAUUCAGAGGCAUACUGCCUUGAUUAUAUACUAGUACAAUCCAUUGAAUAUCUUGUUGUCCAUCAAUUUGUCUAAUCUCAUUUUAAAGUCAUCUUAAAUUGUUGACCAUCUCCACCACAGUCUCCCAGAUUAACUCUGUGCUGUAGGAAGUUCUUCCUUUUGUGUGUCCUGAAUCUAUCCCCAUUCAGCUUCACUGGAUAACCCUGGAUUCUAGUUAUGAUCAGGGAGAGCACAUAAAUUAUUUCUAUGUUUUCUCCACACCAUGCAUUAAUUUUAUACAACUGCCUGUCGUGUCUGUCCAUACACUUCUAAACUAAGCAGCUCUGGACAUUGUAAUAUUUCCUCAUAAGAGAGUUGCUGAUCAUUUUGACUGCUCUGUUCCAGUUCUACAUUCUUUCUUUCUAAAAAAAUAUAUAUUAAGUUUUCAAAUUUACAGUUGUCAAAGAGAGCACCAUUGCUAUAUGUAACACAGGAACAGGGUUGGGGUGGGAAUAAAGGGAGGAAAGGGAGUAGAAGAGAAAAAAUGGAAAAGGGGGGGUCAACGGGACAACAGUCAUACCGUAUAUAAGAAAACACAGAAAAUAUGACAAAUAUGACUGUUAAGGGAUGGGAUGGG